GUCGGCUCUGGUGUCGCAGGAGCGGGUGGUGUUUGUUUGUUUGUUGGUUGUUUGUUUGCUGGGUGUCCUGAGACUGUGUGGAUUGAGAGUCAUGUCCCGGAGGAAACAGAGUAACCCGCGCCAGUUCAAACGCCUCCUGAGCAGGACGGCUCACCCAGGACUGUUUGAGAAUGGACAAGCGGACUUGGACGACAGGGACUAUGAGGAGAAAGAGAUCCUGAAAGAUGAAGAAGCGACUGUAGACCAAGAAACGCAGUCCCCUUUAGACUCUGAAAACGUCCAGGUUAAAAAUGAGGAUGAUUCCAGCGCAGGGGAAGCGGGUGGACAUCAGGAAGCAAAAAAAGAAGUCAGUGAAGGAGACAGUGGAAAAUACCCGGGGAGCCCGACGGUGUCAGAGGAGUGGGAUGGUCCCAAAGAGCUCGAGGCGGUCAGCAUCGGAGCAGAAGCAGGCGUCCGUCCCCGUCAGGCGCUUCCUCCCGGCACCACAUGGGGACCGUUCACUGGGAAAAUAGAAAGAUCUACAGGAGGAAACGACACCGUGCCGCUGGUCCUGACUGGAGGUCCACCGUGGCUGAUGAAUGUGAUGUGGGUCAGCGCAGACGACUCCAGGAAUAACUGUGUGGUUUACAGUAAAGGAGGACAUGUUUGGUGCUCAACCACGAGAAGCGUUAUGGAGGGAGAAGAGCUUGCAGUGUGUGUGGUGGACAUUUCCUCGAGACUCUCGUCCAUCCAGCUCCUUCCUCAACAAGCCGCCAUGGCGUCCGUUCUCCCCAGCACCAUCAUCAACAAAGACAUUUUUCCCUGUAAGAUGUGUGGGAUCUGGUUCAGGAGUGACAGGAACCUUCAAGCUCACCUCAUGUACUACUGCAGUGGACGAACUAGGGAAUCUGACCUGGCUUCGGAGAAACAGACCAACACAAACCAUCCGAUGUCGCAUUCCUGCACUUACCCACAAUGCAACAUGAGCUUCCUGGGUCCACAAGCUCUAAAAAUGCACCUAUCCACACAUUCUGCUUUCAAGACCGACGAGACCGCUCCUGGGAGCAGUUUGAAAUGCACGAUCUGUGACUACACAGCCGACACUCUGAUGGUCCUGCAGCCUCACAUCCUCACCCACCUGUCUCAGACCGGACUCCGGUGCGGUCAGUGCCACUUCACUUUCCAAACGCCUCGAGAUCUAUCAAAACACCAGGAGCUGCACAGACACGCUAGUCUGGAUAGCAAAUCCACUAAACAGAAUCCGACAGAGUCCCUUAGUGUUGCAAAUCUGAAUGAUAAUAAAAGCAUCGGAGAAAGUCAACUUCAUCAGAACAAGGAGCGAGAGAACAAUGAACAGGUGCAGGGGGCUAGCAAGGCUGACACAGGGUGUGGAAGCAAAGCUGGUUUUUCAUACAGUAAAGUGAAGUCUGAGCCCUCCAGUCCUCGCUUGGCUUCCUCCCCGAUCCAGAAUCAUAUAACUCCAGCAUUUCCUGUGCCACCCUUCCUGCCUCAUGUGCCAUUCUCACAGGAUAUACCUGCAGUCCCGCAGGCUUCUGAAAUACUGGCGAAAAUGUCCGAGCUAGUCCAUCGCAGGCUACGCCAAGGUGGCAACAAUUUCCCUCCGGUAAUGUACAGCACGCUGGUUCCAAAAGGAGCGACGUGCUUCGAAUGCAACAUUACAUUCAGCAACCUUGAUAAUUAUUUAGUGCACAAGAAGCAUUAUUGUAACGGCCCCUGGCAGCACAUGAGCAAAUCUCAUGAUUACAGCAUUUUGACCAAACCUGCAGUAAGUCCUAAAACUGGGGCAGGUUUAGCUAGCAUGCUGAACACUGGCCAGGCAUUCGAGAUUAAAGGUCAGAAUCCCACCCAGUUCAACACUCCUUUAGUCGAGCCUUUUGGUACAGGAAAAGCACCAGAGGAAUUCCAAGUAAAUGGUAAAAAAACAUCUACUCCAUGUGACGAGGAGGAAAGUCCAAAUGACUCAAAGACUCAAAAAAUAUCAGAGAGUGAGCUGGACCACAAUCAAACAACUUGCGAGGCGUGUAAGAUCACGUUCAGCCGACACGAGAACUACGUGGUGCACAAGCAGUACUACUGCGCCACCCGCCAUGAUCCGCCUGCAAAGCGCGGAGCGAACAACAAACAUGUCCAGAAAUCAUUUCGUACCCGAAAGAGAAGAAAGAUGCUCAGUCCUGAUCCAGUGAUAUCUCAGACCUACCCUUAUAGUAAUUCCUAUGUGUCCCAGGAUUCAAUAGAGAGUCUCAAGGACCAGCUUCAUCACCGGUACAGCAUGAUCCAGGGUUUGGUUCCGAAGCAUCCAGAACCUUCCUUGACAGUCACAAAAUCAGCCCUAGUAUCAAAGUGUAACGCGAUAGCUGAGGAGGACGGUGAUCCAGGUGAUGCGCCGAUUGAUCUGAGUAAAAAAUGCACAAUACAGAUUGGUAAAGUUUCAGGACUAAUGGAUUAUCACGAAUGCGCCGUGUGUAAAAUCAGCUUCAACAAAGUUGAGGACUACCUGAGCCACAAACAGAACUUCUGCCCAGGGGCAAUCUUGGAGAACAAAGCACCAAACAUAAACGAUCAAGGCUCGAGAAAUGCAAAUGCUCCUGAUAGUUUCAGUAUCGAGCGCUCGGUUCAAUGUGCCGAUAAUUCUACAUCUGCUGAAACACAGUCGGCUAUAAAGGAUGAACACAAGACGAUGACUUCUGAUAACUAUCCGGGUAAUGCUAAGAGAAUCAGAGUGGAUGAACAGAUCUGGCCGUAUUAUGAGAUUAAACCUGCUGACUAUGCCACAGGGAUUUUUGUUCCACAAAACGAGAGGAGGCAAAGCCCAAACGAGGGCACUGAAGGUGAAAAAGAGCAGCGCAUGCCAGACGGCAGCCAUGUUGGCUCUGAAAAUACAGAGAAAUCUUUAAACUCCAGUCUUCAGGGCGACGGCAGGCAAGAAAACGCAUCUUGCAGUACUUCAAUCCCAAACGUCCACUCCACAGCUCGUACCCCGGAUCAAGAGAAACCCAAUGAGAGCAUCUCUUCCUCACCAGCCUCCAAUCUGGAGGAGACCUCGACCUUGAAAAGGAGCACAAACGGAUCGAUCUCUGUGUCGCUUAACGGCAAAUACUGCCGUCCCUGCGACAUCCAGUUCAACAACCUGUCAAACUUUAUAACACAUAAAAAGUUUUAUUGCUCUGCACACGCCACUGAGCAUGUGAAAUGAGACCUUGGUGCUGUGUCACGGCCGUUUAUACGACAGCAAGAGGACAAUCAAAUCAGGAGAUUUUAUCUUCCAGUGGUUUAUUAGUGAAUAUAUUUGUUGUGUGUGUGGUAUUUUUGGCUCUGUGUGGC